CCCGGCCUGGCCCGCGCGCCCGCUCCUCAGGCCGCGGCGUCGGCCCACGGUCCACAGAAGGCUGCGAGCCCAGCGCCCCGGGCAGGCCUGGGAGGCGGGACCCUAAAAACCAGCGAGAAGGCCAGGACUUGGGAGACUUCACAAUGUAGCCCUGAUUCCAGACUGUCAUUCCCAGAAAAUGGAAAAGGAACAAGGGACAGAAGGAAGGUGCAGAACCCAGCCAGAACUCAGAGUAAGGAGGGAUCAUCGCAUCCACUUGGUGGCCUGAAGUCUCCAUGCCACCGAGUGAGAAAAGACACGCAGACAUCCAGAGGAGAAGCCAAAGAUGUUGACCAGGAAGAUUAAACUCUGGGAUAUAAAUGCCCACAUCACCUGCCGCCUGUGCAGCGGCUACCUCAUUGACGCAACCACAGUGACUGAGUGUUUGCACACAUUCUGCAGGAGCUGCCUGGUGAAGUAUCUGGAAGAGAACAAUACCUGCCCCACCUGCAGGAUCGUGAUCCAUCAGAGCCACCCAUUACAAUAUAUUGGUCAUGACAGAACCAUGCAGGACAUUGUUUACAAGCUGGUGCCAGGCCUCCAGGAAGCGGAAAUGAGGAAACAGAGGGAAUUCUAUCACAAACUGGGCAUGGAGGUGCCAGGUGACAUCAAGGGGGAGGCAUGCUCAGCGAAACAGCACCUAGAUCCUCGCAAUGGUGAAACCAAAGCAGACGACAGUUCAAAUAAAGAGACAGCAGAAGAGAAGCAGGAGGAGGACAAUGAUUACCACAGGAGUGACGAGCAGGUAAGCAUCUGUCUGGAAUGCAACAGCAGCAAACUACGCGGCCUCAAGCGGAAGUGGAUCAGAUGCUCAGCCCAAGCAACCGUGCUACACCUGAAAAAGUUUAUUGCCAAGAAGCUUAACCUCUCCUCCUUCAAUGAGCUGGACAUUUUAUGCAACGAGGAGAUCCUGGGCAAGGACCAUACUCUCAAGUUCGUGGUUGUUACGAGGUGGAGAUUCAAGACAUUGCUGUGGAGCAGCUGUCUUUCUGGAUCCAUCCAGCCAGCCAGGGUCUUUAUCCCCACUCCACUCAAUCCCCUGAGUCCAGGGGAUCAGAUGUGGUUGUUCCCACAGUUGAAACAAACUCUCAAACUUUUGGGUACCUUUCUGUGUCAGGAAACUGGUGUGGCAGUCCCUGUCCAGAAGGCACCCCUCCUGCUACACUACAGACCCAAGAUGGACUUGCUGUAAGCCCAGCCAGACUCAGCCCACACCCAGCACUCUACAUGGCAAAAUGUGCUGUGGAAUGUUGCCUCUGGGUGCCAUGCGGACCAGAUUUCUGAAUAGAGAAUAUUUAUAACUUUUGUAUGAGAGAAUCCACUCCCAACAAGACACUACCAGCACGCGUUUACAGAGGAUGAAAACACUUCGCAGUUUGCUCAUCUCUGCUUCAGGUCCACAGGCCAGAGAAGAAGUGAAACAUUAGCACGUUCCCACGCCACAUCUGACACACAGCACCUCUGCUUGCUUUCCAGGUCUUGAGAAUCUUGAGUACAUUUAUUUCAGUUUAGUUCCUGGACUAGGUUUCUUAAUAAGCCUCAAAAAUAUCUGUACUUUUGUUUAGUCCUUUGUAAGUUAUUGAGAGUCUUUUCAUGGUAAAUAUUUAUGUUGCUUUUAGCUUCCUAAAGACUUAAGAGAUAUAUAAAAUUUUAAUUUAAAGUAUACCCAAAGAGGCUUACAGGAAUGCUAUGAUUUAGCCAUGGUGUUUAAUUUCCCACCAUCUAGGGUACAACAGAAGCCUGUUCCCAAGGUUGAGUCUUAUACUGUGCAUCCUGGGAUGGUCUGUGUUGACUGGGCAAGGCAAGAACCCUUCCAUCACUCCCCACUGUCAUGUGGCUGUAAUCUGGCACCCCCAGUAAGGCAAACUAGAGGUUGUGUGGCCAAUGUGGCACUGGCUUGUUGAAAAGUUCUUGGAAAGACCAUCACUGAAGCUCCUGCCUUUUCCAUUCUGUUUUCCUUCUGCUGGAAAAAUGUAGUGGUGGCUGUGUUUGUCACUUAUCAACUAGCACGUGCCGUCCAGUGGGGAGACUUUGUAAAGACACUUAGGAGGUAGCCUCUAGCCUCCAUGUUCCUGGUAGUCGGUAUUUCCAGGCUUGCUUUCCUGAUCAUGGGGUUAACGUGUUCUUUAGGUCUUUCUCAUGAAAGGUAACUGAGCAACCUGCUCACUUGAGGAAACAACUCGCUUCAGCAGAAGUUGCUUUUUCAGUCAUAGAGAGGGAAUUCUUUGUUAACACACCUUUUUCACAUACAACUUAUUGUUUUGUUAGGUUAGAGAAUGAAUAAGACACUAGCAUAUCCAACUUCAUCCCUCUUCAGGGGUCCUGUCCUGAGUCCUAGGGCCUCUCAGUCUGGGUCCCUCUUACCUCUCCCACCUCCGCCCUUCCAGGUCCAGUGAGAACUGUAGGACCCUGUAAUCCCAGCAGUGCCUCUGCUCUUGGUGAACAUGGAGGAUCUUAGUGGAUCCCCGAGGGUCAAGCUUUCUGAGUCUUCGCCUUAGCAACUGGAAGAUUUUUCUUGGAUUUGCUUUGACAGUUAGGACUGGGUUUAUCAACACCCACUUUUUCUUCUACUUCCUCUUUCACAUACACAGUGUCAGAAGCAGUGAUUAGUGAGAUUUAAUGUUGGUAAGUAAGAAAAAACAUCCAGAUUAACUCAGUCUUUAAUGUCUGACCUUCUAAAACAAAAGCAAGCUCUUUUUGUUUUGAGUUAACUAAAAUUCACCUCUCUAUGUAAGCCAGUUUGGAUUAUUCGGUUUCCUGAGUUUGCUGUUCAUUCAAAUCAUUUAUAGAGUUACUAUACAAGGGUUUAUGCGUAAAUAUUACCUUUCUACCUCAGAACACAUGUGCUGCUGAAGCAUUCUGCAAGACUGUGUUCUCACAAUACAGUUACAUUAGAAUUUAGGUAUUUUCCCAUGUGGUGAAAUUAAACAGUUGCAAACCUCCAAAUUCAAGUAAAGUUAAUUUACAGUUCAGAUCAAACUUAGUAUGGCUGUAUAAUCUCAUGAUAUAUAUUUGUAACUUUGUAGCUACUUUUAGAGUUACUUGACUUUGCUAUGGUGCUAAGUUGAUAGAUCUAAGUAUUCAGUGAGGUGGACAUUGCAAUCCAUGUCCUAGCUGGGCGCCACCGUCCCAACAGCCCUGCUUCUGUCACCACGUUAACCUGUUAAACCUCAGCAGCAAAAUACCUAUUUUUUUAAGAUUCCAUCACCCGCCUGUGUGCACUGCAGACGGUUUCCUGAUGGUCUGCCCUUUGGUCUGCCCUGUAGCCUUACCUGCUCAGAGAUGGAAGCUUCCGGGCGCCUUAUUUCACUCCUGCCAAGCUCCAUGUGACAUCCAAGGCUGAAUUUUAUUUUUCCAGCAUGAACACUAGGAUCAGUUAGCAAUUGGUCCUGUCAAGCUUUCUCAGCAGGCAGAGCUCCUGCGAAGUUGUUUUCAUAGCUGCUGAUGCUAGAAAUUGGGUGCGGCCAGCCGGCAGCUCUGGGACCUGCCUCCCAGCACGUAGUCUCACUCAACACCGUUUUCACAAAAAUAGAAAACUCAGAUAGAAUAUAUAAUAUUGAAUUUAAGAUUUGGGGGGUUAAAAAAAGAAAACUUAACUUUAUAAAAUUAUUUAUUCUAUUUUAAGCCUUCUAUCAUAUUUUCCCAUCCAGUUGUUUGGUUUCCGUGGUCCAGCUUUAUUUACAGGCAUAUAAGAUAAAAUUGUAAGAUGUUUUGCAAGCUUCUUUUACUUUUUGUAGCCUUUUGGUUUAUAUGUUUUUAUAGGGAUUAAAAGGCAUUUUUAUGCUUUUGU